GAACAUCUAAAUAAAAUGGCGCGUACAAAGCAAACGGCGCGAAAAUCCACCGGCGGCAAGGCACCGCGAAAACAACUGGCAACUAAAGCAGCGAGAAAAAGCGCGCCAGCAACGGGAGGCGUCAAGAAACCCCAUCGUUAUCGCCCCGGGACUGUCGCUUUGAGGGAAAUUAGGCGUUAUCAAAAGAGCACAGAGCUGCUUAUAAGAAAAUUACCAUUUCAAAGAUUAGUGAGAGAAAUUGCUCAAGAUUUUAAAACCGAUCUAAGGUUUCAAAGUUCAGCGGUAAUGGCGCUUCAAGAGGCAAGCGAAGCGUACCUAGUAGGAUUGUUUGAAGACACCAAUUUAUGUGCUAUUCACGCAAAAAGGGUAACUAUUAUGCCCAAAGAUAUACAGCUGGCUAGAAGAGUCAGAGGCGAAAGAGCGUAGUUGUAUAAAUAUAAAAAUAAAGAUAUUUAAUCUGAGGUUUAUUGUUGAUUUUUCGUUGACAAAGCCCUUUUCAGGGCUGAA